ACAAUUCUCCUUUUUUUUUUUUUUUUUGCGUUUCGAAUGCUUAAUCUUUUCUAAAAUCCCGUCCAGUUUCACAGUAGCUGUUUUUUUAUGAACUUUCUUAUGAAUCUGUUAAUAUCUAGACCGUUUGGCUGCCGUGAAAUUCAAAACAUUAGUGAAAAUUUACUUUAAAAAGUUAUUUUCCUUUGUUUUAUGUUUUGAACGAAGAGGCGUGAAUUUCUAUAAAACCUUAAUCGAGUUGAAUCCAAUACGUUUCUCUUUCUUGAGCUGAAAGUGAAAAGUUCAGUUUUUUCUUUUUUUGAAUCAUGAAGGAGGAAAUCGGAAUUGUGGAUAAAUAUUGGAGCUCUCCAAGUUUUAUCGUUUCAUAAUUUAAGAUGGUGGAUCACCAUGAUUUUGUUGUAAACUUGUCUGGUCUGCACUGAUUUAUCUUCUUUUGCUACAACUGAUUGGCUAAAUUUUGGGUUAAAUCACUUUUUAAGUAAAUGGAUCGCUGUGACACUUCAGGGUUUGUUAGUGGGGGUGGCAUUUACUCACUCAACGACAUCUAACCCUAGUUUUGUGGCUAAUUGUCUUCACCUGGAAGUCAGGUUGACUGCUUUAUUGCAAUUGAGAUUUGGUCUGUAUUUAAUUAUUUGGUUUCAGCUAUUAGUAAAUGGACAGCAGGUUCUCAAACUUGGGGUUUUCUGCUAAUUAUUCUUUGAAUGCAUUCAAUAUUUUGGGUAGUUCAAUGCAAGUUGGGGGAACUGGGUUUCCACAUAAUGCGGAUACUGUUCUACGUCUUGAUUACCCUGGCUCUGCAAUCCCUCACAUGUCAAUAUCAAAAGGAGUAAAGCGGAAGUGGAAUUUGAUGGAUGGAUCCAUCAGUGAGCUAGUUGGGUCGACAUUGUGUCUUGGACUAGGCCGCUCCUCAAGUUCCUCAGACAGCAAGGGGAGUUUAACAACUGCUUGUACUACAACAUCUUCAUCCAAAGAAGCUGAUGAAGAGUCCUCAAUGGAUAUUGAAUUGGACUUUACCCUCCAACUUGGAAAUGAAAAGGCAAUCAACCCCAAGAAAUCUGCUAGUGCAAAUUUUCUGAAGGGACUGGAAUUGCAACCAGAAGUUGACCUGGAGUUGAGUCUCUCCACUGGGCCUUCUGAAUCUGAUAUCACUAGUGACCAUCUUAACUCUUCUCCUAUUCAGUCAGGUACUGAGAUGCCAAUAGCAGUUGAUGGGGCAGAUGAAGGAUCUACUUCCUGUCGCUGGAAACCUGGGAUGGCUUUGCCACCAUUGCAGAGUUUACCAGCUAAAGAGACUAGCAUCUUCCUCAAGGGAGUUAGAAGAAGCAUUGAUCUUUCUCCCAUUUUUCCAAACCUUUCUUCAAGCGUGAUUACUACACCCAAAAGCUCAGUCACCUGCACGUCUGGGAUAACACGGCAACAACAGCCACAACACCGCAGCUCUUGUUCAAAGAUAUGUCAGGUUGAAGGAUGUGGAAAAGGGGCCAGAGGUGCUUCUGGCCGUUGUAUAUCUCAUGGUGGUGGCAGGAGGUGUCAAAAACCUGGCUGCCAUAAGGGGGCAGAGGGCCGCACUGUGUAUUGCAAGGCCCAUGGUGGCGGUCGGCGAUGUGAAUUUCUUGGUUGCACAAAGAGUGCAGAAGGUCAUACUGAUUUCUGUAUUGCCCACGGUGGUGGUCGUAGAUGUGGUCAUGAUGGUUGCACUCGAGCUGCCAGAGGGAAAUCUGGAUUAUGUAUACGUCAUGGUGGUGGGAAGAGAUGUCAAAAAGAAAAUUGCGCAAGGAGUGCUGAAGGCCUCUCAGGACUCUGCAUCUCACAUGGAGGUGGCCGUAGAUGCCAAUUUAUAGGAUGCACGAAAGGGGCACAAGGGAGCACAAUGUUCUGCAAGGCACAUGGUGGUGGAAAACGAUGCACAUAUCCAGGGUGUACCAAGGGUGCUGAAGGUAGUACCCCUUUCUGUAAGGGUCAUGGAGGGGGGAAAAGAUGUGCAUUCCAAGGUGGUGGCAUUUGUACAAAGAGUGUUCAUGGAGGAACCAACUUUUGCGUAGCACAUGGUGGAGGUAAGAGGUGUGCUGUGCCUGCAUGCACCAAGAGUGCAAGGGGCCGUACUGAUUAUUGUGUUCGUCAUGGUGGGGGCAAGAGAUGCAAGUUUGAAGGGUGUGGCAAAAGUGCACAAGGUAGCACUGAUUUCUGCAAGGCACAUGGUGGAGGGAAGAGAUGCUCGUGGGGCCAUCCUGGGUCAGAAGACGGCAGCCAGCCUUCUGGUUCUUGUAACUCUUUUGCAAGGGGCAAGACAGGUCUCUGUGCACUCCACAGCGGCCUUGUUCAGGAUAAGAGGGUUCAUGGGGGUGCAACACUUGGGCCUACUGUCCAAGACCCUAAACUUUGCAAGUCUGAGAAGAUGAAAGAGAUUGUUACUUCUGAGGACAUGAAUGUUGACAUCAUGAAAUUGGGGAGUGGCAUUGAAGCUUUGGCCGGCAGAACUUGUUCUGGUUUAAAUCAAUAUGGAAUUCCAAAUGCUCGUAAUUCUGUUGGGGAAGGAGGCUUCUCUGUUUUUGUUCCUGAAGGUAGGGUGCAUGGUGGGAGUUUGAUGGGAAUGCUAGUAGGUGGUUCUGGUCUUGGCUCGGGCAAUAGUGAGGGGUUGGCUGGUGAUCCAUCAGAGCCAAGUAAAUAUUUUAUGGAGCCUCAGAGCUGGAUGUAAGUUUAUUUCACAGCUAUUGGGAAGUUGGCCCAGUUUCCUUCUUGUUUGUGUCCUUUGGUUCUAGUUUGUUACUCCUCAAAGUGUUAGAAAGCUGUCGUCAUUUAUUCGUCUAGAUGGUG